AAAUUAUAUAUUCAUAGGGUAAAGGGUAUUCUUUCAAUUUAUGGGUCCCAUUCCCCCUCUCUUCGACCUGCAAAUAGAGUUGGUUCCUAAGAAUCUGUAAUCAUCGAAUCAGACGCUCAGCAAUUGGGACAUAAGGCGGGCCACCAACAAAGGGCCAGCAUGUUAUGUGAUGGACAAUUCCGUUUUUGAGUUUGCAAAAUUAGUAUAAAAAUAAUGAAAAAUAUUGUUGCCAAAGGCAAAGCAGCAGUGCUACUAUUAGGGCAGGAAAAGAAGAAAUUAAAACACACGUACACUAAUUGGAACUGUCCCGAGAUUUAAUUAUAUAGACAUGUACAGUAGCCAGCCUUGGUGAGGGGGGACCUGAUCAAUAUACCAUAACCAUCGUCGACAUAUAUGCAUCACAAAAUUGGAAUCUAUUAAUUAUCUGUGCUAGAUUGUGGGGGUUUAGCUAGGGCUGUGAAAAAUGAGCAGCAAGGCGGAUGUAGAGCACAGAGGAGGAGGGCUUCUGCAGAGAGUUUUAUGUAUGCAAGGCGGAGAUGAUGAUGUUAGUUAUGCCAAGAACUCGGAAGCUCCGGCAUCGGCCAUCAGCUUAUGUAAGCCCCUACUGUCAGCGGCCAUCCAAUCUAUGAAAAUAUUCCAGCGGAAGCAGGUGGAUGUUAUUAGGAUAGCUGACUUGGGGUGUGCAACUGGGUAUAACACCUUGGCCACAGUUGACAUGAUAGUCGACAACUUGAGGCAGAAAUAUCUCAAUUAUGAAGACGGCCAGCUUCAGCAGCUUGGUGUUUAUCAUGAGCCUGAAUUUGAGGCCUUCUUCUCUGAUCUGCCUUCCAACGACUUCAAUUCUCUAUUCCGAAUGUUUUCUUAUUCCAACACAAGGCCUUAUUAUGCUGCCGGUGUCCCUGGAUCCUUCUAUCGUCGACUCUUUCCCAAACGAAAGCUUCAUGUUGCCGUAAGUUUAAGCGCCCUUCAUUGGCUCUCCCAGAUACCAGAUGCAGUGUUGGACAGAAGGUCAGCAGCUUGGAACAAAGGAAGGGCGUGGAUCGACGGUGCAAAGAAGGAGGUGGUGGAAGCAUACGCAAAGCAAUCGGAGGAGGAUUUGGAGGACUUCUUACGAUGCAGGAAAGAAGAGAUUGUGGAGGGAGGAAUGCUGUUUAUGCUGAUGGGAGGAAGGCCCGGAUCUCAGGGUCCGGAGAAUCAGUUGGGGGAUGCAGAUUCAAGAGCCAAGCACCCUUUUACCAUUUCCAUGGAUCAGGCUUGGCAAGACCUAAUAGACGAGGGUCUGAUAGACGAAGAGAUGAGAGACGGGUUUAACAUUCCGGCAUACAUGAGAAGCAGAGAGGAGGUAGAGAGGGCAAUAAGCAGAUGCGGUGGGUUUGAGAUACAGAGAAUGGAGUACACAAGAAUAAUGGAGUAUUCAGAGGAGAAGCAAAAGGAGUGGCUCAGGGAUCCCGCCUCCUAUGGUAGAGCCAAAGCCAACCUGGUCCGUGCCACUCUCAGGCCCAUAGCCGAGGCCUACCUGGGUCCCUAUCUUUCUGACCAACUCUUCAACCGCUUUCAGAUCCGGGGGCUCUUUCCUAAAGCUACUACUUACCACAAACAAAACCGAAUUAAUUCACACGAAAAGACAAUAUCAUUAAUCCUAUUCCCAGCUUAAUAUGUAAUUGGAUUGAUGCAGAAUUCAGUCAUCCAUCCAUUAAUAUCA